AAAAAUAAAAUUUUGAAAGAAGCGAUGACACCUCUGGCCGUCCACGCGAGGAGACUGCCCCCAUGGGGCCCUGUGGGCUCCCUAGAGCUCUGAGCUCUGGGCUUUCUCCAGCCCUCACUGGGCUGCUCUCUGCAGCCCUGUACCCACCGCAGAGGCGAGAAGGGGCGCAAAGCCAGCUAAGGGAGAGCUCGGGUCGGGGAGCUCCCAGGCCCGGCCGGGCAACCCCAGGGGUAUCUCGGGCGAGGCGCGCCUUGCGUCACGUCGGCACCGCCCUGCGCGGGGUCGAAGCACGGCGUGUUCCAAGGGCUCCGCCGCCGUCGUGGAAGCAGGAUUUCCGCGGUUGUGUAAGCGCCGGUCGCGGGCGUGCAGGAGCCUGUGCUCCACCUAGUCCCCGGGGCUCCGGCCGCCGAGCCAUGGCGGGGAACUGCGGGGCCCGCCGCGCGCUGUCGGCGCACACGCUGCUGUUCGACCUGCCGCCCGCGCUGCUGGGGGAGCUGUGUGCGGUCCUGGACAGCUGCGACGGCGCGCUGGGCUGGCGCGGUCUGGCAGAGCGACUUUCAAGCAGCUGGCUGGAUGUUCGUCAUAUUGAAAAAUAUGUAGACCAAGGUAAAAGUGGAACAAGAGAAUUACUUUGGUCCUGGGCACAGAAAAACAAGACCAUCGGUGACCUUUUACAGGUCCUCCAGGAGAUGGGGCAUCAUCGAGCUAUUCAUUUAAUCACAAACCAUGGAGCAGUCUUGUGUCCUUCAGAGAAGAGUUAUCAAGAAGGUGGAUUUCCAAACAUAUCUUCCAAGGAAACAGCCAAUGUCACAGUGGAUAAUGUUCUUAUUCCUGAACAUAAUGAAAAAGGAAUAUUGCUUAAACCUUCCAUCAGCUUUCAGAACAUCAUAGAAGGAACUAGACAUUUCCACAAAGACUUUCUAAUUGGAGAAGGAGAGAUCUUUGAGGUAUACAGAGUGGAGAUUCAAAACCAAACAUAUGCUGCCAAAUUAUUUAAACAGGAGAAAAAAAUGCAAUGUAAGAAGCAUUGGAAGAGGUUUUUAUCUGAGCUUGAAGUUUUACUGCUGUUUCACCAUCCAAACAUACUAGAGUUGGCCGCAUAUUUUACAGAGACUGAGAAGUUCUGUCUGGUUUAUCCAUACAUGAGAAAUGGAACACUUUUUGACAGAUUGCAGUGUGUAAGUGGUACGGCCCCACUCGCUUGGCACAUUCGAAUCAGCAUAUUAAUAGGAAUAUCCAAAGCCGUUCACUACCUGCACAACAUUCAACCAUGCUCGGUCAUCUGUGGCAGUAUAUCAAGUGCAAACAUCCUUUUGGAUGAUCAGUUUCAACCCAAACUAACUGAUUUUGCCAUGGCACACUUCCGGCCCCACCUAGAACAUCAGAGUUCUACCAUAAAUACGACCAGCAGCAGCAGUAAACAUCUGUGGUACAUGCCGGAAGAGUACAUCAGACAGGGGAAACUUUCCAUUAAAACAGACGUCUACAGCUUUGGAAUUGUAAUAAUGGAAGUUCUGACAGGAUGUAGAGUAGUGUUAGAUGAUCCAAAACAUAUCCAGCUGCGGGAUCUCCUUAUAGAAUUGAUGGAGAAGAGAGGCCUAGAUUCAUGUCUCUCAUUUCUCGAUAAGAAAGUGCCUCCCUGCCCUCGGAAUUUCUCUGCCAAGCUAUUCCGUUUGGCAGGGCAAUGUGCUGCAACACGGGCAAAAUUAAGACCGUCAAUGGAUGAAGUUCUAAACACUCUUGAAAGUACUCAAGCCAGCUUAUAUUUUGCUGAAGAUCCUCCCACGUCACUGAAGUCCUUCAGGUGUCCAUCCCCUCUAUUUCUGGAGAAUGUACCAAGUAUUCCAGUGGAAGAUGAUGAAAGCCAUUUACUGCCUUAUAAUGAAAGCCUGAGGAUAGACGAAAUGACUCCGAAAACUCCUUUCGAAUGCAGCCAGUCUGAGGUUAUGUUUCUGAGCUUGGACCAAAAGCCAGGGAGCAAGAGAAAUGAGGAAGCUUGCAACAUGCCGAGUUCUUCUCGUGAAGAAAGUUGGUUCCCAAAGCAUAUAGUUCCAUCCCAGGACUUAAGGGCCUAUCAGGUAAAUAUGGAUCCUUCUUCAGAAGCUCCGGGCCAUUUUCGCAGGAGCUGGCCAGUGGAGACCAGCCAUUUCUCCAAAUUUUCCUGGGAUGAAUAUGAACAGAACAAAAAGGAAUAAAUUCCAUCAUAAAAUAAAGAAAAAAGCAAGUGUCGUGUAAGCACCUGAGUAUAGGAAUGACCUUGGGAAGACAUUGGCUCUAUAAACAAUGCCAAGACAAUGAUCAGUGGUGAGUUUGGGUGAUGCAGAUAAACAAUCUGGACAAUUCCAUUUCUUGUUUCCCAAACCCUCAAACAGAGUGCCUUAAAAAGUUGUUUUAUCAGGAUAAUUGCCUCAUGACCAAACCCACGCUCAAUUAGAGGCUUUCAGAAUUCCUUAAGGUCAUUGGUUCUGACUUUAGCCAAACAAAACAAUCAAAACCUCCCAGAAAGGGACUGGAUUCUAAUGUCUUCUCCAUUGACCUCAGUGUGAGUCCUCAGAGCCUCCAUCUGCCAAGAACAUUCAGUUUGAUUUCAUCGUUUGGUUUAGCUCGCUUACAAGGGUUAUAGGAAAUGUCUAAUUUGUAAAUGUUAGUAGAUACCUUUGGAAAGAAUCACCUUGCUGUUCUGAUUGACCCCUCAUGUUUUCCCAUUAAUCCCUGACUAGCCUGCUUAUCUGAAAAUGAGCCAGGUUCACCCUUGGCUGUGGCAUGUUCUGUGUAGAGAGGGGAUUUCUUCCCAAGAUCCAUCCUAAACUCUUAGGACAGUUUAUCAUGUAUACUAUAUAUAAUGUAAGCAUUGACUAUUAUUACAGCUUUUUGAAAACAUGCUUAGUAACCUAUUAUAGCCUAAGUGGAUUAGAUGAAAUUUCCAUCAAGUAAUUUUUGUUCCUGAGAAAAUGGCUGGUCAAGGGCUUAGGUCAGCUUUUUGUUUGGUCUAUACCUUCCAACUCUGGGCCUUCACUCCUGCUGUUUCCUGGAUCUCCCUCUUUUGAAAUCCUACCCAAUCAUCAGAGCUCUACAAAACAGGCAGCCUCCAGGAAGCUUUCCUAAUCUCUACAACCAGAAGUACUCCCUUGAUCAGUAUUUCAAGAGCACUUUUUUUGUAUUUCUAUUUUAUACUUGUCAUUUUCAGAAUGAUAUCAAAACUGCUUGUCUCAUCUCUUUUACUAGGUUGUAAACUCCCUAUAUUAUUUUCUAUAGUUUUUGUAACAAAUUAUCACAAAUUUUGUGACUUAAAGUAACAUAAAUUAAUUAUUUUGCAGUUCUGGAGGUCCUUCCUUCUGGAGGCUAUCGGGGAGAACUCACUGUCUUGCCUUUUCCAGCUUCUAGAGGCCACCUGCAUUCUUUGGCUCAUGGCCUAUUCCUCCAUCUUCAAAGCCAGCAAUGUGGCAUUUCAGAUCUCUCUCUCUCUCUCUCUCUCUCUGUCUGUCUCACCGCAUCUUCACUACCCUCUUUCUCUCAUUCUGACCCCCCUGCCUGUCUUUCAUAAAAAACUUGUGAUUUCACUGGGCUCACUCAGAUAAGCCAGAAAGAUCUGUGUCUCAGACCCUUAAUUUAAUUAGACCUGCAAAGUCCGUUUUCUCGUAUAAUGUAUUCACAGGUUUCUGGAAUUGGGACAUGGACUUUUUUGGGGGACCAUUACUCUGUCUGUCAUACUCCCUGAGUGUGUAAGGGCUGUCUCUUCAAAGCCUAAUGUGUCAUCCUACAAAGGCAGGUGUUUCCUUAUAAAUUAAGUUGAAUUAAGUUACUCCUACGAACCCACAUAAUCAAUAAUUCAGCCAUAAUAAACAUUGUUGAGUAAAUUUAAAAGGGAGGAUAAUGACUAUGAUGAUGGAUAGAAACACUGAAGAAAACCAUUUUCAGAGGAUUUACUGAAACUUCCUCUCCAGGAGGCUUGUAGCAGAAGGGUAAACCUCCAGCUUCUCAUCCAGCAGAGGCUCAUCAUGUCUUUUGUUUUAUUUUUUUGGUGAGUCAGUGUGGUUGGGUUAAUUGUACUCACGUUCAAUUCCAUGUUCAAGAACAAUUAAUCAAAGCAGAAAAUCAUCAGGAAUCAGUCAGGUUAACAGAUGAAGGUCAGAAAUAUGGAGUUACAAUUCUCCAGAAAGGCACAAAGUGAGACUAAAAACAUGAUAAGUCUUAGUCUGUUUGACAUGCUUUAUACAGGCCCUGCAUAAGCAGUUGGGAGAGCCCGUGCCCACCGCUGCUUUGUGGGGUAUCUGGCUGCCCAGCGCUCUCUGCCCUCCUCUGAUCACCAGACAUGUGAAAAGGUUGGACUAAACUUCAUGUAACUUUUAUUCCUGUAACCUAUCCUAGUUUGGCAACUCCUGAUUCCGCACGUUAAUGAAAGGAAGCAGCAAAAGUCUUUGACAUUUGGCCUAUAUAUUGCAAACCAUUCUGAGGCUGAUUUAGCUUAAUUUACAGAUAUAAUCUGAGAUUAUAUUGGCUGAACUGGGAAAAUUAAUUCACAAAAGAGAUCAACAAGAAUUGGCUCUGUGUUAAACUGUUUUUCACUUAGAAUAUGGACCCCCACCAAUACAUUCAAUGAAGGGUCACUAAGGAAGCUCUGAUUAACACCAGGCCCAUGCAGUUACUCAGCACAUAUAAUCUAUUGGUAUUAUGUUGAUUUGAACUUGCUGAGCCAACUUAAAGCAGGGUUCCUCAAACUGCAGUGUGCAUCAAAAUGACUUGGAAAGCUGGUAAAAAACAUGGAUUGCUGGGUCCACCAAGUUUCUGAUGUAAUAGGUUUGGGGUUAGAAAUUUUGCUUUCUAGUAAGUUCCCAGGUGAUGCUGAUGCCACUGAUGUGAAGCCCACUCUUCACAUCAGUGAAAACCACUUCCUUAAAGUGCUCUCAAAUUGUUAUAGAUUGGAAGAUCCUACCUUGCCCUCUACUGGUAUGUUUUUUGAGAAAAGGAUCAUUUCUUUUCAUUCUAUUAAAUUCAUCCUAUUACCUGGGAUGUUCGUUAGCACAGAGUAGAAGCUCUAGAAAGAUUGUUAACCAAUGAUCUUAUUGACUAGAUCAUCUUUCUAGAGUAUGACUAUUUUGGACAUCUUAAAGAUGAAGUCAGAUAAGCUGGCAGUGACCUGAUUAAUGUUGUGGUAAGAUGCCACUGUGGUUGGGAAAUAUCUUCUGUUGAAUGAUCCAGUCCUCCUGACUAGACUUCCCUUCUAAUGGGUGUAUUAAUAAGGGUUAGAUAUGAAUUAAAUGUUGCACCUUUCUUGGGUAAUAAGAGGAUAGUUUUAUGGUUUCAUGAUGUGGAGACUAAGAUACAUAAGAAACCAAGAAUGAGCCUCUGGGUGUUCCCUCUCAUCAACAAACAUGAAUUCAUAAUUUUACUUAUUCUCAUCUUUGUAAUGCACAUGGGUAAUCCUCCAGGCAGAUCCUAUUUACUAAGCUUCUUCAGGCUUUUAUCCUAUUUUUUAAUGCCCAAACACACGGAGAAAAUAUUUUGUUGUUUUUGAAAUUAGGUAUGGGAUUUCUGACAUGAUCAAUUUUAUUGACUUCUUGAGAGUUGUAAUGAUCUGUGAUUCACUGCAUAAUAUUGUAGUUUUACAGGGUGGUACAUCACCCUGUGUAAAACAACUUUUAUGACCUGAGUACUGAUGAGUACAGGAAGUGAGGUUUACAUGAGUAGCAUUUAUUAAGCAUCUGCUAGAAUCAAAGCACUGCAUUAGCUACUAAGUUACCAAGUAAGAUGCAAACAGUUUGGUAAGAAAGACAGGGCAUCUACCCAAGUCAACUGUUCAGUGGCAUCUGCUAUUUGAAUCACACACCAAUGGAGCCGAAAGUACAUGCUGAAAGGGUGAGAAGAAGGUGAAGAAGGCUUCCUGGGGAAAGAGAUAAGGAAUUAAGAGAAAUAGAAAAGAGCACUGAAGAAGUACUCAGGAUGGUUAUUCAAGAAAUUUGGGGGUCCACAGCAGCUCUGCAGAACAUCCUUGGGGCCAGAAAAAUGGGGUAAGGGUGAAGGGAACUGGGUCUGGAGCUUCUCAUGUUUUUUCCUGGUUAACCCUCAGAAUCACCCUGAAGGUGUGAAUCCUAUCUUAUAGGUGAGGACACUGAGUCAGGAAAUUAACUUGCUGAAAUCAAGUCCUCCCAGUCCUUCCAUCAGGUCCUCCCAGAUCUGGAGGAGCCAGGAUUUGAACUCACAUUUGUCUGACUUCAAAGCCAAUGCUUUUUCUUGUGUUCCACAUUACACAAUGGAGCCACUGCCAGUUCAAGCUCCUAUGAAAAGGGAUGGAUGAGAAAAGUCAUUUGUUGAUUCCACAGACUUUAAGUAGGUACCAUGUCUCCUGCCUUUUUCAUGAGCCUACUCCUCUGCUACAACUUCUCUGCUACAGGUACCCACCUCUGCAGUUACUUGAUAUAAGUUAAAUAAAUCCAUCCAUCCAAGCUUCCAUUCAUUGAAUAUAUAUUUAUCAAUGGCUUCCUUUGUAUCAGGCACUAUUCUAGGAGCUGGGGCUACAGUGCAGAUCAAAACAAGCAAAGCUCACCACCCUCAUGGAGCUUACAUGUGAGUGAAUAAAUCUCAGAGGAUUCUCCUGUUAUAGGUCCUGGCUCCUCUGCCAGCUCUUCCAAAUGGGUUCAGAGAGAUUUUCUCCUUGUCCUCUUGUGUAACUGAUAAUCUCAUGGUGGCCCUCACUUUGCUAUUCAUAUGCACUAAGUAGUCUGUGGUGUGCUUUGUGGCCGGCAAUCAUGACAGAUUCUUUUCUUCUAUUGGUAUAUGGUUUCUUCAGGGCAUGUGUUUGGCUGCUGAUGGCAUCUUCCAGGGGGUCUGAGGCACCUAACAAACCUCAGCUCACUAGCACAUGAUACUGGAGUUGCCUGUUAAAUUAUCUUACCUUUCUUCUUCCACAGAACUGCAGCUUUUCUGAGGGCGUGGUCUAUGUAUGUCCUGCUCAUUUUUUGGAUCUCUAAUGGCUGGCACAGUACCUGGUGCAUAAUAUGGUUAAACAAAUAUUUGUAAAAGGGUUAAAUCAAAUAGUCCCUCAAAAAUCUUCAGAAUCAAGAAUGUCAUCUAGAUUGCACCCACAGUUUAUCUUUCUAGUAUUCGGAGUGUAAUCAAUCAUUGCUGAAAUUGUUCCAUUUCACCAUCCUUGAAUAAAAACUAUUAAUUUUAAAUACUAGUAUCUGAGAUACCUUUGAAAAGAAAAUUAGUCAUUGUAUGUAUUGCUUAUAAAUUUUCUCUAAGGUGGAAAAUAUUCCCAAACCAUGUCUAAGCAAUGAUAAACCAGUGUUCUGGCAGAGAAUAGACUGAUGUUUGUGGUGUUUUAUAUCUGUCUUCCUGUUCCAAAUCAUUUGUAUAUAUUUGAUGGUCAUGAACUUGGCUUGCAAGUAUUUUCCUGGGAAGCAUUUUUAUUCCAAAGACCUGUAUUUCCUGCCAGACCUUCAUUUAAGAGACUCAUUAUGGAUGUCAUCUGCAUUAUUGCAAACUUUUCUGGCCAUCUCUAUAAAUAGCAAGAUAAUAUUUCCAUUGAGUUUUUACAUUGGCUCUUGAAUUUUAAAAUACUCUCAUAGACCAACAUAAUUGAAAUGGGGGGUAAGGAAGUAAGAACUGCUUACUUGCAAGAAAUGCAGGCUCGUUGUUGUGUCUAGUGACUGCUAGGUGCAUUCACACAUCUCUUAAGCUUUAAACAACCUAUUGAGCAGGUUUCCAUUUCCUUGAUCUAUUAGAUCAAAGAAAAUGAGGCUUAAAGGAGUUGGCUCUUGCCCUAAGUCACACUACUGAUGGAAUGAGAAUACAGAGCAAGCUGCUUUAUCCAAGUCCAGGAAAUAUCUGCCUUGAAAAAGUGUAACUUAAAAAUUGAAAGUAUUGCCUAUUUAAACAUGAAAACAGCUAAUAAAGAUAUGUGUGUUUUUUAAUUAUUAUUAAUUUUGUCCUCCCAUAUUGGCAAAAAUUAAAGCAACUGACAAAAAUGGCAUUCUUGUUCACUACUGGCAAGAGUGAAAAUUGGUAGAAUCUUUCUAGAAGGCAAUUUGGCAACAUGCAUCAAAAACCUAAAUGUUGAUACCCCUUUACCCAGUAGUUUGUUUUGGAAUUUAUCCUAAUGAAUAUCAUAAACAUAAUGAAGCAUACUUUUGGGCUCUGUAAACUCCUAGAAGCCCAAAAGUAUGCUUCAUUAUGUUUGUGAUAUUAAAAUAUUGGAAAUAAAUAUUCUUCAGUAGAAGAUGGAUUAAAUAAAUUCCAUGCAGUUGUCAUUAAAAAAAAUAUUUAGAUGUAUGUUUAUUGCUAUGGAAAUGUGUUCCCAAAUUAUUAUUGAAUCAAAAAGCAGGUAACAGAAUAUAUGUUUAAUGUGAGCUCAUUUAUAACAUUGAAUAUUUUAAGAUAAUACAUGUUUCAUAGAGAGAUCUUCACCAAAUGUUAAAGACUUUUUUUAUGGGCUGGUAUGUGGGUGAUCUUUACAUUCUUCAGACUGUUAUGUAUUUGAAACUUUUAUAAUGAGCAUAUUUAAUUUUUAUUAGAAAAGAAUAAAAUUUUUGGAAAAAAAUA